AUGAUUAAAACGGCGGUGGUGGAGUAUUUGGUGCCUUCUUGGUGGGAGGUCAAAGUGGCGCUGGCGGCGUCGGUGUUCGUUAUCGUUUCUUAUUGGUUUUUUACAUUCAAAGGCGGAGAUGGCCGCGGAGGUGAUCGAUCGCAGGUUCUGGUGAAUUCUGCUGAUGGAAUUCUUGACGAUAAAGACAAGAUGGUCCAGUUGAAAGGAGAUCUUCAGACCAAUUCUCCAUAUCUAAUCAAGGUGGAAUUGCUAGCUGCUAAGAAUCUCAUUGGUGCAAACUUGAAUGGCACAUCAGAUCCUUAUGCUAUCAUUACUUGUGGUUCUGAAAAGAGAUUCAGUUCAAUGGUCCCUGCUUCAAGAAACCCCAUGUGGGGAGAGGAGUUUGAUUUCUCUGUAGAUGAGCUUCCUGUCCAGAUAAAUGUGACAAUAUAUGACUGGGAUAUAAUUUGGAAGAGUGCAGUACUUGGUUCAGUUACUGUUCCAGUUGAAAGUGAAACUCAAAAUACCGCAUUAUGGCAUACAUUAGAUAGCUCAUCUGGACAGGUUUGUCUACAUAUUAAAACAAUAAAACUCCCUGUGAAUUGUUCCAGGGGUAUAAAUGGAUAUGCUGGAGCUAGUGCUCGAAGAAGGAUUACUUUAGAUAAACAAGGGCCUACAGUGGUUCAUCAAAAGCCAGGGCCUUUACAGACAAUAUUUGACCUCCUUCCAGAUGAGGUUGUGGAGCAUAGUUAUUCGUGUGCACUUGAGAGAUCAUUCUUGUACCAUGGUCGUAUGUAUGUCUCUGCAUGGCACAUCUGUUUCCAUUCUAAUGUGUUCUCCAAACAAAUGAAGGUGGUAAUACCGUUUGGGGAUAUAGAUGAGAUUCGUAGGAGUCAGCAUGCAUUCAUUAAUCCUGCAAUAACAAUUAUCCUUCGGAUGGGUGCUGGUGGGCAUGGUGUACCUCCAUUAGGGAGCCCUGAUGGUAGGGUCAGGUAUAAAUUUGCGUCAUUUUGGAACAGGAACAAUGCACUUAGAGCAUUACAGCGUGCAAUGAAGAACUACCAUGGAAUGUUGGAAGCUGAGAAGAAGGAGACAGCAGAAUCAGAAUUGCGUGCACACAGUAGCUCUAUUAGAGGUAGUAGAAGGCAAGCUAAGGCUCCAAAAGAUAAUGCAUCUAAAACUGAAAAACUACAAGCUUUUAUUAAGGAAGAGGUUCUUGUUGGUAUCUACAAUGAUGUAUUUCCAUGCACCGCUGAGCAGUUUAAUAAUUUAUUAUUAAGUGAUGACUCUAGUUUCACAAAUGAAUAUCGUUCAACACGGAAGGAUACAAAUCUUAAUAUGGGACAGUGGCAUUCUGCAGAUGAAUAUGAUGGUCAAGUUAGAGAGAUAACAUUCAGAUCCAUUUGUAUCAACCCAAUGUGCCCUCCAGACACUGCCAUGACAGAGUAUCAGCAUUCUGUUUUAUCAGAAGAUAAGAAAAAGCUUGUUUUUGAAACUGUACAACAGGCACAUGAUGUUCCAUUUGGCUCCUACUUUGAGGUUCAUUGUCGAUGGUGUGUGGAGAUCAAUGGUGAAAAUUCAUCUGUUUUAGAUAUAAAAGUGGGUGCUCAUUUUAAGAAAUGGUGCGUGAUGCAAUCAAAAAUCAGAACGGGCGCUAUCAAUGAGUAUAAGAAAGAGGUGGAGUUGACGUUGGAUGUUGCCCGCUCGUACAUCAAGACACGAAUUGCCGGUGGUGAAACCAAUAACUCCUCAUCCUCACCCUCACCCUCAGUUGUUCAAGAUAUCAGCUAGCACUAAACUCGGCCAAUUUGAUUGGCAUGAUUCAGCCUGUGGCUUGCUGCAAAGCUUCUACUAAUACGGUGGUAGCAAACAGGCAAACAGGCAAACAGCAAUGCUCUUAUGUUCUUCAGGGUGGAGUAUAUGGGCAUUUUUCAUUUUAGUGAUAUCGAGAAAUGAGUGAGAGCAUUCGAAUUUAUGAUUUUUUAUAACAUUUCCUGUCUGGUUAUUCCAUCCUGCAAUUAAUUAAUCACAAGAAGGAAUUAGAGUUCAUCAUUAUUUUUAAAUCUCAUAAAUCUUAUACAAUGCUAAAUUAUAAUCAGUUAAUUGCAUAAAAAUUACAAGUGAUAUUCCUAGGUCGGGUAAAAAAAAAGCCUAAACUCAUAAGAUCAUGACCGUCCUGAUUGAAGUGAUCCUUUAUGUUAGAAGAUCAGCAAAUAUAGACAGGCAAAAAAACCCAACAACCCUUGACGAAGAUGUGUGGCUAACUGGCUUUUAAAGGAUGUCUUUACAGAGUGUUGGUUGUGAACUUUGUCUUUUAGACUUUUGUGUACGUUAGGUGGUAAUUAUCACAGGUCAUCCACCCAUGGCUGGUGCCAUUGUCGGUGUCAGUGACCAAAAUUGUCAACCUGAAAGCGUUUGGGCAGUUGUGCCUGAAUGCCUGUUGAUGGUGGUCCAAGAUUCAGAUCAACUGAUGAAGAAAAUGCCUUGAUGAACGCAUUCAUUACACAACCGGCAAACUGCAGCUGCCAGUAACUUUCAACAUCAGAGUUGAAAACUUUGACCUACAACCAGCAGGCCAAAAUCUAAACUGUUCAUUAAUGCCUUCGUCGAAUUUUACUCUGCUGCCAAUUCAGAUCGUUUUUCACUUCUCUGAUAAUGUGAAUGUAUUUCAAAGAGAACAUUCAAAAUUAAAUCCAUUUUCCAAAUAUGACUUUCACAUUGUAUCCCUGUUUUGAGAGGCUAGGCUUACUUCAGUAGGGCAACCCCCACACUAGCACAUUAGCUGGCUUUAGGGCUGUAAAUAAUCCGGCUAAAAUCUCACUUAUUCAAGUUUGAUUCCUUAAUUUUGAUGAGUUGAACAAAAGCGAGUUUUUAAUCAAAUUUAAAAUUAUAUGUUCAGACUCAAUUCGUUUAUGUUUAUCAAAUUUUGAAUCAAACACGAGUUCAUUACGUGUUUUUUACUUGUAUCAAUUGAGAAUAACAAAAAAAAAAAAAAUACUUCUAUUUAAACAAAAAGGCUCAAAACCCAAUAUAAGGAAAUUAUAGCUUAUUAAAGCCAAUCAUCAAGUGAGCCAACGCUGCCGAUUUUUCAAAUUUAGUCACUUUAGC